AUGGAGACCGAGGUCGACGUGCUCGACCUGUACAUGAAUGGCACGGAUUGGUGCUUUGACAUCAAGAAGUUCUAUGAGAUCCGGAAUUCGAGUCCCAUGGCCUACGCAUUACUCAUAAUGCAACCUCUCGCCUCAUUCUGUGUCCUGGCCACAAUUUGGCAAGUACUCGCCAUCACCAUGGAAAGAUACCUGGCCGUCACAAACCCGCUAGAACAACGAACGCUGAAAGCCAAAUUUGGAUCAAAGUGGAUUUGCGGGACUAUCAUUGUCGUCUCGGCCCUGUUGAACUUGAUCCCGGUGCCGUUUGAGCGGAUGAUAACGGACUGCUUCUUGCUGAAAGCCGGGCCGGAGGGGAUAAAAACUUUUCACUACAGCCAGCUGUUGAAGAUCAAGGAGGAAGGCAGCUUGACGGCGGCGUUGCUGCACCUAAUCCCCGACUUUGUCUUCCGUGCCCCGCUCCCAAUCCUGGCCAUCGCCUUCCUGACCGGCCGCACGAUUAGGGUGUGCAACGAGAGACAUGUUGGUGGCACCCUCAUUGCCAAGUCGAGAAGAAACAUUCAGCUCCAAUUGGCUCUCCUCAGCUUCAAGUUCAUCCUGUGCAACACGCUGUACAUGUUCAACACCGUUCUCAUCGAGCUGUUCGGCAUUGGGCUGUACUUGAAGCCCGGCUGGAACUCGGACGAAGCGGCAGCGUGGCACUACAUGAACAGCUUCUACCUGACCGACGUCAGCAACCUGUUACUUCUUGUACACUCGGCAACGAACUGGCUGCUCUUCUACAAUUUUCCAAAGUUCCAGAGGAAACAAAGUGCCGUCCUUCAAAGCUCUUCUUUCACCUCGAUUCAAAGAACUUCGAUGACCGAGCAUUUUGCGAAAUUCGCGCUGAAAACAAUCGCCAACCGGAAGCAGCAAAUUGGGAGGGAGAUCCUGGCCAAGAUCUGUUACGACAUGCCCGCCGUAAAAAAUGCUAUUUUCUCCGAACUCGCAAACCCUCAGAACUACUCGCUCAUCCUGACAAGCCCGCCGAUCCAAGAGUACGGCACAAAAGUUGGGGAAUUUUUGCAGACGUCCUUGGAAUGGUUCGCUGAUGCCUCGAGCCCUUAUUCAACUAUCAGAGAAACGCACAGCCCGAGCCGUGAAUACUCAAGGACGGAAAUCGAAAAUGUCCUAACGAGGGCCUUUAAUAUUUUGUUGGCCGAAACGAAGAGUGGGGCGUUGUGUGCACUCGUGGAAGCCAAUAAGGCCAGCAAAUGCACUCGUUCCACUUCGAUGAACGAAGAAGGCGAGUGGAGAAGCCGUCUGGUUUCGAUGAGAAGCCAGCAACUCUCCUGUCAAAAAUCGUCUCGCGAAUCUUCGGGGAAUGAGGAAAUGCAACUGCUCGUCCCGAUGAAUUGCAUGGAACAGACUUUG